CUGGAGCUCAGCCUCGAGCGCAGCAAGCACUCGGUGGAACUGGUAGCGAAGGACGAAGACAUCAGGAAGCUGCGAGUCAGCCAGUGCUUGCUGCAGGACGAGAACGACGACCUGCACGAGCAGCUGGAAGAGGAACAGGCGCGUUCGGAUGGGCUCGAGAACGACCUCAAUGAAGCGCUUGCCCAGCUCGACGAGCAAGCGGCUGCUGCGGAGCUAGCGCUAAACCAGAUCCGCACCCAGUCGCGGGAAGUCGCGAACCUAAAGGCUGAGCUCAAAGCAAUGGAAAAUGUCACCUCCGACUCGAAUAAGAUUCUCUCGGAGAAGCUCGCCCUCACCCGCGAGAUAUCGUCGCUCCGCCCCGAGGUCGAACACCUGCGUGCCCAAGUCGAAUCCAACACCGGCUUGCUUGCCGAGAAGCUUUCGCUGCAGCGACAAUUAACCACCGCUCAGGUGGAACUCGAGAAUGAGAAACGUACAUCAGCCCGUGUCCUCGCGAAGCAGGGGAAAAGGAUGGAGCAGGACGACGAGCUUCGAGGACAGCUAGAGGAGAUUCGCAACGAGCUCGCCAAGGAGAAGAAGGACCGCUUGAAAGCCGAGGCUGCAUUAGCCAAGGCAGAAGAGGCGACGGAGCAGGUCCAGGCCGAUCUGGAGGCGCAGCAACAAGCAACGGAGCGUGCGCAAGCCAAGCUCGACAAGGCCGGGAAGAAAGAAGCUCAAAAGGCCAGCAAGCGGGACGAGGAACGCGAUGCCGAGAUCGAGCAGCUACGUGAGGAAGUGGCACGCGAGAAGAGGGCUCGUCUAGCUGCGGAGAAGGCAAAUGCGAAGAGUAGCGUGCGUGAUGCACAGUUGGAGGAACUUCAGCAACAACUCGACCUGGAGAAGCGCGAACGCCAGAAACUUGAGAAGGCCAGCAAGAAGGGCCAACAGAGCGGCCAACAAUCCGAUGGCAAAGCAGACGAUCUGAAGACGGAGCUGGACACGGAGAAGCGCGAACGCAAGCAGCAGGAGAAAGAAUACACCAAGACUCUCUCCGACCUACAAGCCAAGAACACCAUUCUCGAUGACAAGCUGAAUGCAUUCCGCGAGAAGCUUCGCUCCACCAAGGAGAAGCUCAAGCAGAAAGAGGAGGAGCUGGAACGCGCAUCUCGGGCUCAGACUGCUCCACCUGCCAAAGCCGCCCGUGAAACUUCCGUCAAGCCCGCAAAGAACAUCCGGAAGCGCAUGGCUGCUUCUGUCGAACCCGAGACCAACCUCGGCACGCCAGGAAAUGGUGUACCAGCGAAGAAGACCAAACGCGGGACCUUCGCGACAGCACUGGGCGACACGUCCAACUUUUCGCUCACGCCGUUUUUGAACCGUACCGCCGUCGGUGCGCCAGGCGAGACGAUUGUGGAAGAGGACGAAGACGAAGAUGCAGAUGACGCGACACCCACGACAUUGGUGGCCAACAAGGCGGCAGCACCACCACCCAUGAUCAAGGCCCUUGCACCUUCUGCGUCCAACAAAGCGAACGCUAAGCCUGGAGCCCGAAAGAAGACGCCCGCGCCCAUCCUUGACGUGGUUGCCGAAGAAGCCUCUCAGCUCUCCUCCAAGGAUAACUCGGAGAACUUGCUGCCCGCCGUUACCGUGCCGCUGAAGACCACUGAUGGUCCGUCCAAAGAGCCUACGAAGUCCAAGCUAGUGCCCAAGGUCAAGCCCCGCAAGUCGCUCAUGUCGUUUGCAACCUUCAUGGAUGAGCCUGCCGCGGAGAAGAAAAAGAAGCGCAAGCUGGGGACGAGUGGACUUGGGAAGACUUUGUUCGACGACGAUGAAGACGCUGAGGAGGAAGGCACGGCCAAGCCAAAGAGUAGCAAGGGUCUCUUUGCUGCGAGGGCGCUGGGGAAGGCGGGUUUGGGCAAGGGCAGGCCGAUCAGUGGGGGCUACAACAUGAUGUCCGAUGAAGGCUUCACGUUCUCGCCGCUCAAGAAAGACAGGAGGGCUGCCGGUGCUGGCGCGAGUUUCUUGAAGUGA